AUGCCCCAGAAGUGUUAUCAUGGCAAAACGGGAAGAGUCUACAGUGUCACCCAGCAUGCAGAGGGCAUCAUUGCAAACAAGCAAGUUAAGGGCAUGAUUCUCGCCAAGAGGAUUAAUGUGCAGAUUGAGCACAUCGAACACUCUAAGAGCAGAGACAGCUUCCUGAAGCGGCUGAAGGAGAAUGGCCAGAAGAAAAAGAAAGCCAAGGAGAAGGGCACCUGGGCUCAGCUCAAGCGCCAGCCUGCACCACCCAGAGAAGUACACUUUGUGAGAACAAACCAGAAGGAGCAUGAGCUGCUGGAGCCCAUUCUAUAUAAACUCAUGGCCUAA